UUUGCUUUUUUUAUUCAUCAAUACUGCGAUCUGAUGGUAACACCUGAUGUCUUUUCAUUUUUAUCAUAAAAAUGCUUAAAACUACCCGAAAAUUCAGGUUCCCCGAAAAAAAAACAAGACAAAAUGAAAGAAAUAGAAAGGGCCACCAGAUCCGUUCGCUGUUGGAUAAAACGGUUUUAUUUUUAAAAAGACAAACAACAACCGCAUGUUUAAUUGGAAUUGGCAGGAUAAACGUGCCUGUAAAACAAAACAGCGCAAUAAGAAACGAAUGUGUUUCUGUUAGAUGGUCUGAGCCAGAGAUUUCCCACCCCCAUCCCACCAGUGGACUCUUCCCCCGAGGCAGACUGGACCGAUCCAGCGUGCGUGAGCAGCGGAGCGGCACCAGCCAAGGCCCGGGCUUUGCCUCGCGGCCAGGAGAAGAAGACAACCAGCCGGGGUUUUCUCCAGGAGAUCCUUUUGAGUCGCUUAAAUCGAGAAAGCAUCAUGGCCGAGUCGGAGUUCCAAACCUUUACUUCUAUCAUGGACGCGCUGGUUCGCAUCAACGUGAGUAUGACGCUGGCUUUAUUAGUCACUUCAGCCAUUUGUGCAGUUUCAGUCUGGAUGUUUUAGCGGAUUUCCCCCCAUGUUUCAGAUAUGAAGCCAUCUGCAUACAGAUGUGUCCAGCUGUGAUGAUGGAGCGUGCUAAUUCCGUUUGGAGACAUGAUAUCAGCGUCACAGUAAAGCUCUGGCACUGUUCCAACAUGAAGAGUAUGGAGCAGGAGCUGCAUUGCCCGGUGUGUGACGAGACGGUGAAGCAGCCUAUCCUUCUCCCGUGCCAGCACAGCGUGUGCCUGCUUUGUGCAGCUGAGAUGCUGGUCCAGAGAGGUUAUCCUCCUCCAGAUCUCCCCCCGGACCCCAACUCACCUGCCUCCACCCCAAACACUCGCUCUCCAAGACAGGCACGUCGGCCUGCGCCCAGGACGCCCGACCGUCUGGAGCGGUCCCUCAAAACAGUAUGUGGGACAUACCCAGGUCUGAGGCGCAGGGAGGCAGCCCCUCCCCCCAUGCUGUUCCCCUGUCCUUCCUGUCAGCUGGAUGUGGAGCUGGGGGAGAAAGGACUCUCCGACUGCCUCCGUAACCUCACCCUGGAGCGGAUCGUUGAAAGGUACAGGCAGACAUUAAGUCUGGGCAGCAUGGCGAUACUGUGUGGUUUCUGUAAACCUCCGCAGUCUCUGGAGGCUACUAAAGGCUGUGCCGACUGCAAAGCAAACUUCUGCAAUGAGUGUUUCAAGCUCUACCACCCCUGGGGAACUCCUCGUGCUCAGCACGAACACAUUCUGCCCACCAACAACUUCAGACCAAAGGUCCUUACAUGCACAGACCACGAGCAGGAGAGACUGCAGUGGUAUUGUCGUAGCUGCCAGCUGUUGCUGUGUCCGCUUUGUAAGCUCCGUCGUGUCCACCACGGACACAAGGUUCUGCCCGUAGCACAGGCCUACCAGGCCCUGAAGGACAAGAUUGGCAAAGAAGUCAGCUUCAUCCUGACCAACCAGGAGACGAUUCAGAGUCAGAUUACUCAGCUGGAAGCUGCAAUCAAACAGAUGGAGGCUAACAGUGCAGUAGCAAUGCAGCAGCUGACUCAGUGCAUCACAGAGCUGGGAGCAGCUGUCGCCGAGCGCCAUGGAGCCUUAGCCUUGGCCCUGGAGGGGUCCAGAAGCAGGAGGGAGGAUGCCCUGUCUGCGCAGGCCUUUGAGAAGAAGGGUCUGCUGGAGCAGGCGGGCCUGAUGGCGUACACACAGGAGCUGCUCAAGGAGACAGAUGCUCCCUGCUUCGUACAGGCCGCCAGGGUCACGCACAGCAGGCUGGUUAAAGCCAUAGAGAACCUGCAGGGCUUCUCUCCUGCUGCAGAUACCUCCUUCAGACACUUUCACCUCGAUGCGUCCAAAGAGAUCAAGCUCAUCGGGAGCUUGCAGUUCAUCCAAGCUCCACAGGCUCCAGUCAUCGACACCCAGAAGACUUUGGCGUACGACCAGCUGUUCCUCUGCUGGCGCCUUCCUCAGGACUCGGCCCCCGCUUGGCACUUUUCCGUGGAGUACCAGCGACGGGCUGGAGGGGCGGGAGCCGCGUGGGGCGGCGCCGGCUCCCCCAGCACCACGACGCCGUGGCAGCGGCUGAACGAGGUGAAAGGGACCAGCGCGGUGAUCGACCGGCUGCAGAUGGACAGCGUGUACGUUCUGAGGGUGAGAGGCUGCAACAAGGCCGGCUUUGGAGAGUACAGCGAAGAGGUUUACCUCCACACUCCACCUGCUCCAGUCUUGAGCUUCUCCUUGGACUCUCGCUGGGGUUUGCACGCUGACCGUUUGGCUCUGGGUAAAGGUCAGACGUACGCACGCAGCGUUCCCGGCCUCUCCCUGCUUCGAGCCGCCGACCGCGCCCUCACCUCAUGCCACCUGACCUCCGACCUUCUGGUGGCAGACCUGGCUGUCACUCACGGUAGACACUACUGGGCCUGCUCCGUAGAACCCGGGUCCUACUUGGUGAAGGUGGGAGUCGGGCAAGAGACUAAACUCCAGGAGUGGUUUCAUUGUCCCCAGGAUAUGGCAAGUCCUCGCUGUGACCCAGACAGCGGCCAUGACAGUGGGGCAGAGGACGGCCAAGACUCUCCUCCUUUUUGCUUCCUCACUGUAGGGAUGGGUAAGAUCCUGCUCCCUAAAGGGCACGGUCCCACUUCCAGCCAGAGUGAGAGCCACAGUCAGAGAGGAGUCCACUCCCACCCUCACACCAGCCCCCUCCCACCACGACUGGGAGUGUGUCUGGACUGUGACAAAGGACUAGUUACCUUCUACGACGCCCACUCCCUGCGGAUCCUGUGGGCGGGACAGCUGGACUGCUCGGCUCCAGUGUGUCCGGCCUUUUGCUUCAUCGGCGGCGGAGCGCUACAGCUGCAAGACCUGGUGGCCAAUCGGAUCAUCGAGGAGCCACCACCGAGAAGAGUAACCAUCAAAACGCAAGCAACAACUGUAAGAAAAUGAGUAUUCGGAGCUCAAAGUUUGUCCCGUGUCUUGACUUAAAGGCGACCCAAUGGUUUAUUUGAUCACACUUGGCCCAAAAACACAAGAUCUCUCUUUUUCCUGGUUUAUUUGUGUUCUUUCACACUUUUCUCCUCAACUUUGUGGCUGAAGUGACGUCAGACUAUGCAGAAAAGCUGUUCCUAUCCCAGGUCAGGAAAUGUGCUCUACCUUUACACAAAUUUCAUGUUAUCCCAAAGGGUUGCAUACAAGUGUAACUAUAUAUAAGAAACACUUCAUAUCGUGUAAUUGGGUUUUGUUAUUUAAAUUGUUUUACACAGCUUAAAAAAACUAUAGUUUAUAGAAUUUAUAGCAAGUUUAAAUUAAAAGGUUAUGAAUAUUUAAGUUCUCAUGUGUUUUAUGAACAUUUCCAAUCCUGUCUGUUUCAGUUUGGAUGAUAAUUAAUGUGUAAAUCUGUGUGUGUGUGUGUGUGUGUGUGUGUGUGUGUGUGUGUGUGUGUGUGUAUGUGUAUGUAUGGAUGUAUGUACAGUAUGUACAUACAUACAUGUACAUACACAUA